AUGCUGUUGAAGGGAGAAGUGAAUAUGCCGGCGUCAUUUGCUCGGCGGGCUACUGCUUUUAAGUAUCGCAUUGUUGUCAACUUCUAUAUUCUUUUGAAUCGAGUAAAGCAUCGCAUGCGACAACACAAAAGGGCAAGAAAAGAGAUCCCGGAAGUUUCGACGGAUGUUGUGAACGAGACUGGUUUGGAGUCGACGCUAGCGAGAUCUGACAGCGAGCUUGCCCCCAACACCCAUCCCAGCUCCUCGCUAAGGCGCCUUAUCCUCUUGGCACGGUUUGCCUCGUGGCAGCAAAGUUGCCAGAGUUGCAUUCAGCAACGAGGGGCAACAAUGCCUGUCGAUUCGGAGAAGCUGAGAGUGUCCACAGCGGAAUUUGAUGGCGGAGAGACCUCCAAGCUUUGUUUUAGUUACGGAACAAGAUGA